CUAUCAUUAACCGGAUACUACUUGAGAUAGCGGAGGUUCCAGGACGACUAGCUCCGAGAAAAAGCCUCUGUCAUCUAAAACGUGUUUGCCGAGCAUUGUAAUGUAUCACCUGAUCUUUUAACCGGCCUUGUUGCUGCCUUCGACAGGAAAACGUGAUACACGUGUUUAUUUUAUGGGAAUAAGCUAUAUGGAAUGAGCAAUAACUCAUGAUGCACGAGCUGCUGCUUGAAAGCAUAGGAAGCUUGCUAUAUGGCUAACGUUAGCUAGCUAGGAACGGGUAAUUUAUAGUAAAUACACAGUGCUCUAUAUUGAAUCAACAUGGCACACAAUAUUAUAACGCAAAUUGGACAACUCUGUAAUUAUCUCCAAGACCCGAUUCAUGUAGCACGGUUUCAGCAGAUUUGCGGUGUGAGCGGGACGUUUUCAAGGAACCCAGCAGAGACCGAAGAAGUGGAGCGAGCUCGCUUGCACAACAACAGCAUUAGCCAUCUCCAGGGUGAAAAUGAGAAAUGUACUGUCAACGGAGGUGAAGGGGAGAAAACCAAGAGUCUUCGGCAGAGAAAAGUCACCUCGCCGGGGAACAGUUUGAAACAGGAAGGAGUAGACAAUUCUUCUCAGAACGGGUCAGUGGUCACUCCUGCGGGGAAAACGGCCGGGCACAUCGGGAGCGGUUGCCGCCUCGCAAGAUCCAGUGAUGUCGGGCUGCGGGACCUCAAAGAACACGGCUCAAGUGGCGUCAACGGGUCCAGGGUGGAAUGUACCUCUGAGACACCUGAUGAACGGAUUAGUGAGGACCCCAGUCCUAAGACUACUGUCAAGCCGCUGCGCAAAAAUUCCCUGACAGGUGAUGUGGGCCAGGAGUUUUUAAUCGAGAACAAGUUUUUGUACUACCUGUUCACCUUAGGAACUGAGCUGGGCAACGAGCUGUUUUACAUCACUUUCUUCCCGUUCAUCAUAUGGAACGUGGACGCUUACGUAAGCCGGCGACUGAUCGCCAUCUGGGUUUGGGUCAUGUACCUUGGCCAGAGCACCAAGGAUGUCAUUCGGUUGUCCAGGCCAGCCUCACCGCCCGUGGUCAAGGUGGAGAUGUUCUACAACUCUGAGUACAGUAUGCCCUCUACACACGCCAUGUCAGGCACGGCCAUUCCAUUCUCACUGUUACUGCUGACCUAUGGCCGCUGGGAGUACCCCUUCAUGUUUGGGUUCACUCUGGCAAUGUGCUGGUGUGUGCUGGUCUGCAUAAGCCGCAUCUACAUGGGUAUGCACUCCAUCCUGGACAUCAUUGCUGGCGUCCUGUACAGCCUCCUGAUCCUGGUGGUAUUCCAGCCAGCGCUGGACCUGAUUGACAACUUCAACCUGACAUACCGCUACGCCCCCCUCAUCAUCAUCUCCCUGCACCUGGGCAUGGGCCUCUUCUCCUUCACCCUGGACACCUGGAGCACCUCGCGGGGCGAUACAGCUCAAAUCCUGGGCACUGGCGCUGGCGUGGCCCUAGCCUCCCACCUUAACCACUACCUUGGCCUGAUGCCCGACCCCCCGCUGGACCAGCUGCCCCUAUCCCCCCCGGCUCUCAACGCCGCCCUGCUAGCCGUAGCCAUGCUGAGGAUGUGCCUGGGCGUCCUGGUGCUGCUGGCCAUCAGGGCCCUCAUGAAGGCCAUCACCAUCCCUCUGGCCUGCCGUAUCUCUGGCAUCCCCAGUGGAGACGUAAGGAAGGCCCGGCAGCACAUGGAGGUGGAGCUGCCCUACAGGUACAUUGUGUACAGCACGGUGGGCUUCAGCACCCUCUUCCUGGUGCCCCAGCUCUUCACCUACCUGCAGCUGUCCUGAUGAGAGAGCCCUGUGGAUCCCCCAGUCCCCUGUCCUCACCCCUGCUCAUCUAAAACCAAGCCCUUAGGAACAUGGGAAAUUCACACCUUACAUAUCCUGUACAUCCACCCCCUAUACCACUAACCUUUGGCCCUGCCAGUUCUAAUGACAGAAACCUCUUAUCAGGGAACUCCUAUAGACUGAUUUGACAGGAUGUCAGCACUGAUUACUAAAUCCUAUUCGCUUUAUCUUACUUCAAUUUAUUUUUGUCAAUCAGAAUUUGACCUCUGUUUAUCUUAAUUUCCCAUUUUAUGGUCUCAAUUUUAAAGGAAAUGCACUAAUGAUUUUGGCCAUCAGAGCAAGUUAUGGAUUAACCAGACUAAUAAUUUUCUCUCUCUUAUUAGUCACCCCUUCCCCAACCGUACAUACAUUGUCUAUCCUGAGUAUUUAUUUAAAAUACUUUCUCUGCUUUUUUGUACUUGGGAGAAAAUAAGGAUUCAAUUCUAAUCUGAUAAAUUCAGCCUGCGUCCUGGUUGUGUUCUCUUAUCUAUUUUUCUAAAGGGCUCUUUUUAUCUAUUAUUAUUGAAGAUGAUCGGUUGAGGUUUGAAUAUAUAGAUUUGUACUGAUGAGAGAAAAGCCAUGACUGGGGCUGGGCACAUGUGAUGCAGCGGUGUCACUGUGGGAUAUAUAGAGGACAGGACAUUAGCCCUAUAAGUCAGAUGGUUAAAAGUGGGAUUGUUUUGAGCGUCAGGAGGACUUGGCUCAGACACACAGUGAGGAACUUCCUGUUUUAUAGGAGGGGAUGCACCUGACUGCACGGAAUCACUUCCUGCGGGUCUCGUGUUUGGAGGGGCCAAGGGAGGAUUAGAGGAGAUAACACCAACCCCAACUCUUACCUCAGUGUUCUUACUAUAUCUCUUUCCAGAAGUGACCAAGGCUUUCACUGCUUUAAUGUGGUAUAUAGUAUAGGUAUACUAUCAUAGUAUUGUAAAUUGUCUGGCUAAUUGAUUUGUUUGUUUUUGAUUGUUUUUAACAAAAAAAGAGUGCUGACCGGAAGAUUGCCAGCAGUUUCCCACUAGCAGAGAAAAGACUGAAAGGACUGGAGCCCGUUGCUGUGCUGAUCACACUGAUAUAGAUAUACUGUAGAUACAUCCAUUAUUGGAAAAACAAUAUUGUUCCUGGACCAACUGUCAAACAACAGAACUGUAUCUUAUCUUGGCCCACAGGGGCAGAGGCUUGAUAAGAAAGCUAAACUGUACAUCCUAGUGUGGUUAUGGAAUACAUAUGAUAUAUAGAUGUCUAUAGUACUGUCCUAAUAGAAACCCAGCUAGCACAUUUUGUUCCUUGUAAGUGGUGGGAACGUAUGUUUUUGGGAACGAAGCCAUAUGUUUCCUGACU